CAUACACACGCACACAUACACACACACACACACACAUACACAUACACACGCGCACACACAUGCACACACACACACGUACACACACGCGCACACACGCACAUAAAUACACACACACACACACUGCCUGUAUUCAGCUGUAAAAGUGUGGUCCUUUAGCAGAGAUUUUCCACUGAUGUUUCUCCACUAUGCUCUUCUCUUAAUAUCUAUUUUCUAUUAGUGCUAAAUUUACUAAUGAGAUUUUUAUAUGGACUUUCUUUUAACAUUAACGUCAAAGUUCAUAUAAUUGUGUUAAUAUUCACCUCUGAAAAGGUCUUUCCUACAAAAACAGCUCUUUGGUUUUCAGUGUGCACAUUAAAUACAAAUAGACCAGCCAUGAAGCCAACAAUGUAACCACAAUCAUGGCUUUUUUUCUGUUCUGAAUAAAACUUGACACAAAAUAGAUAUAUUUUUAUCCUUUUGUUGGUAUAAAGAAAGAUUCAUGUUUUGCAGAGAUUUUACUUUUAAAAAAUAUCUUUCACAGAUAAAUUGAUUUGAAUUUUUCAUUUUCAUUGAAAUGUUCUGCUUUAUAUGAAGAGAGGUGGUAUUGUGCUCGGAGGACUACAGAAAUACAACUCCCAGAAUACAUCUGUAACAUUUACACAACGUUUACUACAUUAAUCCAGGAUUUGGACAGUCUGGUGUGAAUGUAUAUUUAACACAUUGCCAUAAGGACUGAAAUGCACUGUUGUGUAAGGAGUUAGGUUUCUUCAGUCUGUUGUGUUUAGGAUGACUGCUAUUACAGAACUCUGGGGUAGAUUUUUCAUAAGCACUUAAAAGGUUGUCACUUAAAGGGAACAGUGUGGUUUUUACCUGUUACUUACGCUUUAACAUGUCACAAAUCAAAUCAAAAUGAUUGGUUAUUAGAAAUGCCAAAAUAUUGUCUCAUCUAUACACUUCAACAUGAGAGAAUUAGUAUUUGUAUAUGAAUGGUAUUUCUGUUGUGUUGUGACAGACUCACGUGAUGUGCAUUCGACAAGGAGAACUGUUCUUUGUGACUGUUUCAAACUGAAGCUUCUGUUUUCUUCACCAAUGCCAUUGAUUUGAUUAAGACACAAGGGGAUUGACUGCAGAUUGUAUUUACAUGUUAGGAGAAAAUAUUACAUCUAUUAAAAUGCAUUAUUGCAGCCAAAUGAUUGAGGAAGUGUUCUGUUGGAGCCAUCGCCUUAGGCGGCCAUGUUUGUUUGCUGUGCAUGAUCUUUUCUGGCUCCUGACAUUCACGAACGUUCAUGGUGAACUGAAAAAAUGUUUGGGUCUGUUUGAAUGUUGUCAAAUGUUUGCUGAUGUUCCCCUUGUUGAAUGCAUGCGAGGCGCUCCAGAGGGUUAAAGUUCAGCCCGCAGCUGAAUGAGAGGAGCAGCUGAGAACUUCUAAUGACUUCCCAAUGUUAUAGGAAUGUUAUAGGAAUGUUGGUGUUUAUUGGGCCCAGUAGACUUUCUGUCGAUUUGUCAGUAGGCUUUUGAAAAUGAUAACUGACGGUAUUUACAUUAAUGAAGUAUUACCACAGCUUGUGUGUUUAUAUUUAUGAUAUGAUAUUUGUAUGUCAAAUUGCUUUGUAUAUCAAAAUAUAUACAUAGGUUUUCUUGUGAGAUAGAAAAAGACUGUGGUUUGCUGACCUUCAGGAAUACUGAAGUUGGCCUUCCUCAUUUCAGGAAAAAAAAUGAAAUGUUGCUUUUUAUUUUAUUUUUUAAAACUGAACCUGUGGUCUUGUACAGCCCCAGGAGCAGACUAGCAGGCCGGUUUGGGAAGCAGCCCACUUGCUUGACACUUUGUUUCUCUUUAUUUUCAGAUAAUAUAAAGCAUGAACCAAGCACAACAAAUAUAAUAUUUCAAAAAUGGUAAUUAGAUGUGUACACUCAAUAUAUGGUGGAGUGACUAGGACCAUUCAAAUGGAUUAUUAGGUUUGUAAGAUAAUAGUACAUACAUUGAUGGUAUUAAUGUGUGUGGCCUGCUUAGCAGUGUAAUUUGUUAAAAAUCAUUAGAGUGUUUUUUCUAGUGUUGGUGUGUCAGAGGGCUGAAGCUGGUUUUGGUCUCAGGGCUGAUAGUACUGAAGCUGGUUCUGGUCUCGGGGCUGAUAGUACUGAAGCUGGUUUUGGCCUGGGGCUGAUGGAGCUGAAGCUGGUUUUGGCCUGGGGCUGAUAGAGAGCUGAAGCUGGUUUUGGUCUGGGGGCUGAUAGAGAGCUGAAGCUGGUUUUGGUCUGGGGGCUGAUAGAGAGCUGAAGCUGGUUUUGGUCUGGGGGCUGAUAGAGCUGAAGCUGGUUUUGGUCUGGGGGCUGAUAGAGCUGAAGCUGGUUUUGGUCUGGGGGCUGAUAGAGCUGAAGCUGGUUUUGGUCUGGGGCUGAUAGAGCUGAAGCUGGUUUUGGCCUGGGGCUGAUAGAGGGCUGAAGCUGGUUUUGGUCUGGGGGCUGAUAGAGAGCUGAAGCUGGUUUUGGCCUGGGGCUGAUAGAGCUGAAGCUGGUUUUGGCCUGGGGCUGAUGGAGAGCUGAAGCUGUUUUUGGCCUGGGGCUGAUAGAGCUGAAGCUGGUUUUGGCCUGGGGCUGAUAGAGCUGAAGCUGGUUUUGGCCUGGGGCUGAUAGAGAGCUGAAGCUGGUUUUGGUCUGGGGGCUGAUAGUGGGGAAGCUGGUUUUGGUCUGAUGGCUGAUAGAGAUGGAGCUGAUUUUGCUCUGGGGCUGAUAGUUUUGAAGCUAGUGUUUGGCAGGGUGUCCUACUGGAAGCUAUUAAUUGAUAUUCUGGCCAGUUUGUCUCUUGUUAAGUUAUUUUUAGAUAUAAAUUUGGUGCCCAACAUGGGACUGAGCUUGUCCAAUUCACAUCAUAAUUUUGAAUGGCCACAUAUCUGCAAAAUCAGCCAUGUUCCUGUGUGAACCUCACUGCUGGUUUAGGAGCAUGUAGACAGGAACAUAAUUAUUAUUUGCAUUUUCCUGUCAGGACAGUCUGUUUAUAAACUCUUAUUGUAUAUAAAUAAAGACUGAUAUCUACAUGAGUCUUCAAUGGGAUCAGGGAAUAUUAUCCUCAGAAAUAUUUACCUUAUAAGCAAACCAUUUCUGUUUGUCAUUUUCAUAAAGUUUAAACUUCUGUAAGUGGUGAAUGUGCCACUUUUUCGGUUGCAUUGGACCAAAUUUGUUUUGUAUUUAUAUUUGUCUUAAUAUCUGGCCAACAUUUGUUUGCAGAAAUGUUUCUUUUCAGAACAUCACUCUGGUGCUGAAAACAAGUGGAGAUUUUCACUCAAGUGAAAAGAGUUACAGACCGCUCUAAACUCACACUUUAUCAUGUUACUUUAUGACCAUUGAGAUUUGAUGGAUCUUUUUUCCCCAAGAAUGAAAAUGAGAAUCCUGUACUGUUGAUUAUUAGAAAGUGUUAAUUGGUAUGAGCAGGUAGCAGGUCUGUUAUGUAAUUUUGUAGAAGUGGUUUGAUACUAAUAAAGCCUGUUUCCGGCUGAAGCGCAUAUCGUGGUGUGAAAUGAUUGAUGGACCCCUGUGCAUUCGUUCAGAACUCUGCUAAACAAAUGCUGCUAUUCCACUGAACUUGUUAGCUUGUGAGUGGAACAGUGAGCCACACGAGCCAUGAGAUGAGCGGGUAAAGCCUAGCGCCAGGCCUUAGGUUAGUCCGUGGCUGUUUCUCAGUACGCGUUCUUGUCUGUACUUGUGUUCUUGUUUCCUUGUGAAACGUCAUCUUUUGUGGCCCAAGUCCUGUUCCAAUACUCAAGUUCGCAUUUCGCCAAGAAUGGUUAAAAUUCCUGGAAGUGUUCUUGACACGCCCAUUUUACCGAGGAUGCAUCGGUUGCUAACUUGUAUGAACUUGACAACACAAAUAUCCCAGCAUUCAUUGCGCAAUGGCAGACGAGACCACUGAACGGUCACAAUUAUAUUGUAUAUGUUAUAAUGACUCAAUUUCAGCUCAUUUUAACCAUACAUAACAUAAGUAUAAAGUAUAAAAAUUUAAUUCGGCUCUAAUUCAGUUUAAUCUGUUACCUUAGAGACCAACUCAUAGCCAGAGGAUAGUAGCAGUCUGGCAGAGAGCAGUAGGAGCUCCAUGGGUUGCCUCUCUCUCCAUUGAAAUGAAGGACUUCCUGUGAGAAUGCCGUGGGACUGCCCUGAUUGGUGUAAAUCCGGGGAACUCAUAAUGAUGUCACAACCCAAUAGAUAUCUCCCACGACCCUAAGUAAGGUUUAUUUUAGAGAGUAACGAGGCCCCUGAUAUGGACUCCAGCUCUAGAUCUGUGUUUGAAUCCUGUUUGUGAGGCAGGGUGUGUGCUUGUGAUUAGCUGGGGAAUUAGAUUCCAUUUGGAUUAACACACAUGAGAGAGAACUGACAACACCUGAAGAACUGGGCUGGUGUAGAACUGUUGGCAGAUCAUCCAAUCAAACCCCAGUGUUACAAUGCUGCUUGCUGUAGGAAGUUUUGUUCCUGAUAAUCAGGUGUGUCUAACAGGAAGAGCUGUUUCUCACAGGUAGAUGCUUUAGUAACAUCAAGGACCUGUUAAUACAAUUUAAAUUUAUAUUUUUCAGAAAUACAGGAUUUUCUGAUAACAUAGACAAAGAAAAAAUACCAAGACAAAGAGAGAUUUGAGUCUAAUUUUAAAGACAAUCCUUAGCUGCAGUUUGUUGUGACAGCAGUAAGUAAAAGUGAAAAUAAACUACAGAUUUAGCAGAAAUCAUUACUGAGUGCAGAACAAACUGAGGCAGAAUGGCGUCUGGAUCUUCUCUCCUGGAAGAGGAGCUCUCCUGUCCUGUGUGCUCUGAAAUCUUCAGGGAUCCUGUUCUCCUGAAUUGCUGUCACAGCUUCUGUAAGGCCUGUCUGCAGCAGCACUGGGAACAGAAGGGAUCUCAGGAGUGCCCAGUGUGCAGGAGAAGAUCUUCUAUGGAUCCACCUCGCCCUAACCUGUCUCUGAGGAAUAUCUGUGAGGCUUUCUUAAAGGAGAGAAGUCAGAGAGCUAAAGCAGGAUCUGAAGAACUCUGCAGUCUGCACAGUGAGAAACUCAAACUCUUCUGUUUGGUGGAUCAAAUACCCGUCUGCGUUGCCUGUCAGACUUCUACAAAGCAUGAAAACCACGAAGUGCGACCAGUUCAGGAGGUUGCAGAAGAGUAUAAGGAGAAACUCAGGACUGCACUGGCUCCACUGCAGGAGAAGCUAAAAGCCUUUAAUGCAGAAAAACUAAUCUGUGAUCAAACAGCAGAGCACAUCAAGAGCCAGGCCCAGCAUACAGAGAGACAGAUAAAGAUGGAGUUUGAAAAACUUCAGCAGUUCCUAAAAGAUGAAGAGGCAGCCAGGAUCACUAAACUGUGGGAGGAAGAAGAGCAGAAGAGUCAGAUGAUGAAGGAGAAGAUAGAGAAGAUGACAGAAGAGAUAUCAUCCCUUUCAGAACAAAUCAGAGCCAUAGAACAGGAGCUGGGAGCUGAAGACGUCUCAUUCCUGCAGAGUUACAAGGACACAGAAAGCAGAGCCCGGUGCACACUGGCGGAUCUAGAAAAGGUCUCAGGAGCGCUGAUUGAUGUGGCCAAGCACCUGGGCAAUCUGAAGUACAGAGUGUGGGAGAAGAUGCGUGGGACUGUUCAAUACACUCCUGUGACUCUGGACCCAAACACAGCAGGUCCCAUCCUCUCACUGUCUGAGGAUCUGACCAGCGUGAGACGCAGUGGUGAGAGUCAGCAGGUUCCUGAUAAUCCAGAGAGAUUUGAUGUGUGGCGAUCUGUGCUGGGCUCUGAGGGAUUCAGCUCAGAGAGACACUGCUGGGAUGUAGAAGUGGGGUUUGGAGGUUCCUGGGUGGUGGGUGUGGCUACAGAGUCCAUCAGCAGGAAAGGGCAUGUGAGUCUGAGCCCAGCAGGAGGAGUGUGGGGUAUACGGCGACGCUUUCUGCGUUAUGAAGCCCUGACCUCCCCAUAUACACCCCUCAUUGUGCAGAGGAAACUGCAGAGGGUCAGAGUGCAGCUGGACUGGGACAGGGGGGAGGUGUCAUUCUCUGACCCCAGUGACAACACUCCUCUCUACACUUUUAAACACUCCUUCACUGAGAGAGUGUUUCCAUUUUUCCGUCCUGAAUCUCUGCGGAUCUGUCCACUGAAAGUGUCUGUAAGAGUGGAAUAGUUCUGUGGUUUGUGUGCAAGGAUCAGGUGAACAGACUGCUUCUUUCGCUUUGACAAGAUUAAUGAGUAUAUUUGCGGAUAAUAUCUUUUAUAAUAUUUUAUUGAAUCAUUUACAAAAUAUAGAUCCAUUUCUGCAGCAGUUUAUGAUGAAUGUAACUUUGAAAUCUCAUGAUGUUGCAGUAAAAAUCAGGUUAAAAGAACUGCAUUCCAUCACAUCUGAGCAGGAUUCAUUAAAAUAUUUGCCGGUCAAACAGCAUCAACAAAAUAUUGUUUUGUUUGAAACGUUCUGUAGUGUUUCCAUGAGAAGUGUCUAAUUUCUUUUCACAUAACUUCCCAAUGUUAUCACUGAGUAAUAACUGUGCUAUAUGGUGGUAGUGUAAGUAUGUGGGUUUGUGUGUAAUCAGUUGAGGCAAUAAUAAAUAAUAAAUCCACCAGUGGAAUCA